UCUCUCUGCCUCGUCUCCUUCUCCAACAAAAGAGAAUCUCUCUCUCUCUCUGCGCAAAGGACACCAGAGCCUCCGCCUCCUCCAUUGGGAUAGAUCCCAGUGCUGUUCUAAUCUGAAGAUUGCCCUGGCGCAUACAUAGCAUUUUAGCUCCUCUGCUCCUAGUUGAUGCUCAACAUCUAGUUGAAGAACAAGGAACAUACUGAAAGCUCAACUACCAUAUAAGAUUAUCAAUGUACCGGAUGGUUUAGUCUGUCAGAGCUCAAGUACCUGUGGGUCACAAAAUUUUGCUGAAACCAGAAGGUAAUGGACAGGGCAGACACAUCAGGUUUUGUUAGCAGCGGAUUCAACGGUACCUCGCUGCUGCUCAUAUUCUUCGACUUCGUCUACUCCACCCUGCACAUAUAAAAUAUCAGGAAUCAUCUGAUCUUCUGUUGUUUCUUCCAUCACCUACAUUCAGUUCAAAGGAAAGCAAAAAAAUCUCAGUUCAGUGUACAAAGCUUGAUCUUCUGUUGUUUCUUCCACCACCUACAUUCAGUUCAAAGGAAAGCAAAAAAAUCUCAGUUCAGUGUACAAAGUUUACUUAGCCUAGAUGAAUAACGGCUUCGCGGAUAUCCGUCACCGUGGAAGCCAGCCCCUGAUGGACAGCUCUGCGGUUUUGAUGUCUCGUCAUUCUGUGCUGAACUACACGACAGUCGGCCAUGGUCCGACCUCAUUUUCCUUGGACUUCCGGGGUUCAGCAAGUGACAACUGCAGCCGUGGCAACAGCAGGGGUGUCCGGAGGUCUGCACAUGUUUCAGCACAAGAUGAUGCGUGCAGGCUGGUACUUGGUUUGGGUCCGCCGCCUGAACCGAGCUCCGUGGAUUACCAGCAACCUGCCGGAGGUGCCGGCCAGUCGAAAACGCCGGUGACUCUAUUUGGUCGGAGCUUGUCGUUCACUGAUCCUGGGACGAUGAGCCAUGGGCUUCAUGAUCAGAGGGGUAAUGCUGAAGCUAUUGUUCAGCGUUCUGAAGCGCCUGAAGGAAACAUCAUAUCCUUCUCCGUUGUCGACGAGGGAUCAACCUCUUCCAGGAGGAGCUCCGGUGGCUACAUGCCGUCACUGCUCUUUGAUCGAGUGGCUCAGGUAGAAGCACAAGAUGAUCUGCUGGAUUACACGGACAACGCAAAUGGGCAUGCUCAACAUCACCUUCAGUUCAGCCCCGAACCUUCAGCAACGACCAUGACAGAGACUUCUUUUGGUGUGAGCUCUGAUGCUGUCACCGGUGUAACCAAUCCUGGGCAGCCGGCUCAGCGCCGGCAUCCGAAGAAAUGCAGGUUCAAAGGGUGCUCUAAAGGUGCGAGAGGGGCAUCAGGCCUGUGCAUUGCCCAUGGAGGCGGGCAGAGGUGCCAGAAGCCGGGUUGUUACAAGGGUGCCGAGAGCCGCACGGCCUACUGCAAGGCCCAUGGAGGAGGCCGCCGGUGCUUGCAGCUCGGCUGCACCAAGAGCGCCGAGGGUAAGACGGAUCACUGUAUUGCCCACGGCGGAGGUCGCCGGUGCGGAUAUAACGACUGUCCUAAAGCAGCGCGGGGCAAGUCCGGGCGAUGCAUCAAGCACGGAGGUGGGAAACGGUGCGCAGUCGAGGGCUGCAUCCGGAGCGCCGAGGGGAAGGUCGGGUUCUGUAUCUCCCACGGCGGAGGCCGCCGAUGCCAGUACCCGGACUGCCGCAAGGGAGCGCAGGGCAGCACGCUCUACUGCAAGUCCCACGGCGGCGGCAAAAGGUGCGUCUUCGAUGGCUGCUCCAAGGGCGCGGAAGGCAGCACGCCGCUGUGCAAGGCGCACGGCGGCGGGAAGCGCUGCAUGUACGAAGGCGGCGGCCUCUGCCCCAAGAGCGUCCACGGCGGCACCAGCUACUGCGUGGCGCACGGCGGCGGGAAGCGCUGCGCGAUUCCCGGGUGCGGCAAGAGCGCCCGCGGGCGCACGGACUUCUGCGUGAAGCACGGCGGCGGCAAGAGGUGCAAGGUCGACAGCUGCGGCAAGAGCGCGCAGGGCAGCACGGAGUUCUGCAAGGCGCACGGCGGCGGCAAGCGGUGCACGUACGGCACGGGCUGCGAUAAGUUUGCCCGCGGCAGGAGCGGCCUCUGCGCCGCACAUGCGACGCUGGUGGCCUCGCAGUCGUCUCAGCAGCGUCGACGCGACGGCGGGGCAGGGAAGAGCGGCGGCGGGAGCCUGAUCGGGCCGGGCCUCUUCCGAGGCAUAGUGUCGUUGUCGGCCGCAGCAGCCAGUGCCAUGAACUACGAGUACUCGUCUUCGGGCGUGAGCACGGUGUCGGAGUGCGACGGCUCGCCCGUGGCCACGGCGGGGAGGCAGGAGCUAAUACCUCCUCAGGUGCUGGUUCCCCUCUCUAUGAAGUCCUCGUCGACAUCCGUGCCGUCGCCGUCGGAUAGGCGCAGAGAGGGCGGAGAUCUCGCUGUUCCGGAGGGGAGGGUGCACGGCGGUGGUCUCCUGUCAUUGCUCGGUGGGAGCUUCAGGAACGUCAUCGACGUCGACGAUCUCUGACAGUAGGCGCUCGCUCUGGUCUAAAUUUCUGUCAAAGAUUAUAGCUGUUCUUAAACCCACACACAAAGUUGAACGUUUUAAAGAUCGUGUAGUAGAUGUUAGAUUGGUGGAUUAUAAGGGAGUAUGGCACUUUAUAGAUUAUGUUAUGAUUGGUGGCAUUUGUGACCGAGUCUAGACAUGAAUUUGUCAGGGCUCUUGAAUGCUUAAAUUCUUGGCAGGUCCGCAAGUUUUUGGGAUGGGAAAGCUUUCAGAUUGUAAUUCUUGUCGAUCACACCGAUAUGUAAUAAUGCAACAUUUAUUUUGCUACAAAUUUGAUGGAUUAUCUCAUCGAUGAUUCUCUCAUGUAUUCUGUUGAUGAUAAAGCUGCUGCCUGGGUUUAAAUGA